ACGGCACUGCUGGCAAUCAUGGCCAGCACGUUAAGCCCCAGCAUCACAUCUGGGACCCAGGAGCCAUCUGUGAUGUCAGAGCACAUCCAAAAUGCUGCUGACAUCUCUGUCAUUGUCAUCUAUUUCAUAGUGGUCAUGGCUGUUGGGCUUUGGGCCAUGCUGAGGACCAACCGAGGCACCGUUGGAGGCUUCUUCCUGGCUGGUCGAGAUAUGUCCUGGUGGCCAAUGGGAGCCUCUCUCUUUGCCAGUAACAUUGGCAGUGGUCACUUCGUGGGCUUGGCUGGAACAGGAGCGGCUUCAGGCAUCGCCACGGCAGCAUUUGAAUGGAAUGCCUUGCUGCUGUUGCUGGUUCUAGGUUGGUUUUUUGUUCCCAUAUACAUCAAGGCUGGGGUCAUGACCAUGCCAGAAUACCUGAGGAAGCGGUUUGGUGGGAAGCGACUCCAGAUCUACCUCUCUGUGCUCUCCCUCUUCAUCUGCGUGGCUUUGAGAAUCUCAUCAGACAUAUUUUCUGGAGCCAUAUUCAUCAAGCUAGCAUUGGGACUGGACCUCUACCUGGCAAUCUUCAUCCUCUUGGCUAUCACUGCUAUUUACACAAUUACUGGAGGUUUGGCCUCAGUGAUUUACACAGAUACCCUCCAGACCAUCAUCAUGCUCGUAGGCUCUUUUAUUCUCAUGGGCUUUGCAUUUGCUGAAGUUGGAGGCUACGAGAGUUUCACAGAGAAGUACAUGAAGGCCAUCCCAUCAAUAGUCGAGGGUGACAACCUGACCAUCAGUCCCAGGUGCUACACUCCACAGCCAGACUCCUUCCACAUUUUCCGAGAUGCUGUCACUGGAGAUAUCCCAUGGCCAGGAACGAUUUUUGGAAUGACCAUUGUAGCUGUGUGGUACUGGUGCACAGAUCAGGUCAUUGUGCAGCGCUGCCUCUCGGGCAAGAACAUGUCUCACGUAAAGGCCGCCUGCAUCAUGUGCGGGUACCUGAAGCUGCUGCCCAUGUUCCUCAUGGUGAUGCCAGGAAUGAUCAGCCGCAUCCUGUACACAGAUAAAGUAGCAUGUGUCAUACCUUCUGAAUGUAUGAAACACUGUGGUACUGAAGUCAGCUGCAUGAAUUAUGCCUACCCAACGCUGGUGCUAGAGCUGAUGCCUGAUGGAUUGCGAGGCCUGAUGCUGUCAGUCAUGUUGGCCUCUCUUAUGAGCUCCCUGACCUCCAUCUUCAACAGCGCCAGCACCCUCUUCACCAUAGACCUCUACACCAAAAUCCGGAAGCGGGCAUCAGAGACAGAGCUCCUUAUAGCUGGACGGCUAUUUAUCAUUCUACUAAUUGUCAUCAGCAUUUUGUGGGUCCCUUUUGUACAGCUUUCUCAAAACGGGCAACUAUUCCAUUACAUAGAAUCAAUUUCUAGCUACCUUGGACCUCCAAUUGCAGCUGUCUUCCUGCUUGCCAUUUUCUAUAAGAGAGUCAAUGAACAGGGAGCCUUUUGGGGUCUAAUCACUGGCCUUAUAGUUGGCCUCGUUCGUAUGAUAGCAGAGUUCGCCUAUGGGACGGGCAAUUGCUUGACUGCCAGUGCCUGUCCCAAGAUUAUCUGUGGAGUGCACUAUCUGUACUUUGCCAUCAUUCUCUUUUUUAUGUCCAUCCUGGUCGUCCUGGGAAUCUCCCUGGUAACCAAACCCAUUCCUGAUGUACAUCUGUAUCGACUUUGCUGGUCUCUUCGGAACAGUACUGAGGAAAGAAUUGAUUUAGAUGCAGAAGAGAAAAGACAAGAAGAAGCUGACAAUGGUGUUGAAGAAGAUUACCCUGAGAAAACUCAAGGAUGUCUCAAGACAGCUUAUGAUUUAUUCUGUGGUUUGCAAAAGAAAGGCCCCAAGCUGACCAAAGAAGAGGAAGCAGCCCUGAAGAAGAAGCUGACAGACACAUCCGAGAAGCCCUUAUGGAGAACUACAGUGAACAUCAAUGCCAUCCUCCUUCUGACAGUAGCAGUCUUUAUGCAUGGCUACUUUGCUUGA